AAUACUAUGGCCCAUAGACGACCGCCGGGACCUAAUACCAUUACCAGCACCAGCCCUAGCUCCCCGUAGUUGAAGGCAGGAGAGGAAUCCGAGAAUCUCGCCGCAGGAUCAGGUCUUCCGCCAUGGCUUCCAAGCGGAUCCUCAAGGAGCUCAAGGAUCUGCAGAAGGAUCCCCCCACGUCUUGCAGCGCAGCAAGAUCUUGCAUGCAUUCACAUUUUACAGGUCCAGUGGCUGAAGACAUGUUUCAUUGGCAAGCAACAAUAAUGGGUCCAUCUGAUAGUCCCUACGCGGGGGGUGUUUUUCUAGUUACUAUACAUUUUCCUCCAGACUAUCCUUUCAAACCACCUAAGGUUUCUUUCAGGACCAAGGUUUUCCAUCCAAACAUCAAUAGCAAUGGAAGCAUCUGCCUUGACAUUUUGAAGGAGCAAUGGAGUCCAGCAUUAACUAUUUCCAAGGUACUGUUGUCUAUCUGCUCCCUUUUAACAGACCCAAACCCUGAUGACCCGUUGGUUCCAGAGAUUGCCCAUAUGUACAAGACAGACAGAGCCAAGUAUGAGGCCACUGCAAGGAGCUGGACCCAGAAAUAUGCAAUGGGCUAAGCAUCAGGGAAGGACGGGGAGGUUAUCAGGAACCCUAUCAUCAAUUGUUAAUUACCUGUGGAGACUGUGUUGUCUGUUGCUUGCAGGAGUGAAGUAACCUACUUGUGUAUCAUUUGAACCUAAGAAAGACGGCAACGAAAGCUUUACUAAGCUUUCCAAAACAAUGUUUUCAGAUAUUUUGUAUUUGAUUGUUUGCGUGGGUAAUAUUUGAACCAUAAAAUUAUCUAUUGGAUUUUGAUUUUUUUUG